ACGGAGCUUCCGGAUAAUCGGUCGCAGACCCCAACCCCUUGCUUCCGGCAUCCAGAUCACUUCCCCGACUGCAAAUUACGACCCAUAGAGUCCACGAUGGCCCCGCAGGACCGCAACCCGAUACCCUUGCUGCUACAGCGCUUAUUCUUCCAUAUUUUAGUGACACUUCACCUAAGCAACGGACGUCUUUUCGAGACAAGAUAUUUAGGCCAUUCCGGAGAAGCCCCAGUCCCAGUCCCGGUCCCGGUCCCGGUCCUAGCCCCGAUCCCAAUCGUCUCAGCCAACCAAGUGCAUUCCAUUCCAAAUGUCAUAUGUUGACCCCACGAUCUACGGUCAUCGCUACCCGUUC